AUGAACAGGACCGAUCAGCAGCUCCAACAGGCCGAGGCCGAUGUCUCAAACUGGGGCGAGGGAAAGCCCAGAGCAUCCGCCGAGGCCAGUAGACCGACCACAUCAGGGACGACGGGGUCGUCCUCCGGCUCGAGUAGCUCCGUUGACUACGAUCCCUAUGUUCACCGAAUGCAGUCGCGCAACACAGAAGUUGACCUGGAACGCCGCCGAUCGACAACCUCCCAGGCCCUCAGCCGAAUCGAGACCCAGCGAUUGCAGCAUCAGCUCACCGUUGGUGAAAGCGCCCAGUCGCGACCUUCCAAGGCCCCCUCCCCAAUUUCGGUGCCGGCAAGCCACGAUCCUCUGUACCCACAGAACUGGGGGCUGUGGACGAAGUUCUACAUCAGUGCCAUGCUCGCCUUCACCAGUAUCUGCUCGACUUUUGAUUCUGCCAUUUUCAGCGCUUCUUCUCAAAAUGUUUCCAAGUAUUUCGGCGUGGGCCUCGAGGUUUCGGCUCUGUCCAGCUCACUUUAUAUCGUCGGCUACGCGUCGGGACCGCUUAUUUGGGCACCGUUGUCCGAGCUCAAGGGCCGUCGCCUAGGCAUCGUGAUUGCCAUGCUGGGCUUUGGAAUCUUCAACACCGCCGUUGCAGUCUCCAAAGAUCUGCAAACCCUCAUGAUUUGCCGCUUCUUCUGUGGUAUCUUUGGCAGUUCACCCUUGGCAGUGGUUGCUGCUGUCUUCUCCGACAUUUACAAUAACCGCACGCGCGGUGUCGCCAUUGCCUGUUUCUCAGGCACGGUCUUCCUGGGACCUCUGGUUGCUCCGUUCAUCGGUGGUUUCAUCAACAUGUCUUACCUGGGUUGGCGCUGGACCGCUUAUAUCCCGGCUUUCAUGGGCUACGCCGCAUUCGUGAUGAACUUGUUCUUCCUCAAGGAGUCGUAUCCGCCUGUCGUCCUCGUUGAGAAAGCCUCGGAGCUUCGCCGACGAACCAAGAACUGGGGGAUCCACGCCAAGCAAGAGGAGAUCGAGGUCGAUUUCAGAGAGCUGGUUGUCAACAAUUUCUCUCGCCCGAUCAAGCUGCUCAUUCACGAGCCUUUGAUUCUGGCAGUGACUAUCUACCUGAGCUUCAUCUAUGGUCUUCUCUAUUGUUUCCUGACGGCCUAUACCCUCGUCUUUCAGCAGGUCUAUGGCUUCAAUGCCGGUGUUAGCGGUCUUCCGCUAUUUGGCAUGAUCGUUGGUCUUUUCAUCGCCGCGGCAUACAUCAUUAUAUCUUCCCCUUCAUACGUUAAGAAGCUGGAUAAGAAUGGCGGCGUGGGAGUUCCUGAAUGGCGGCUGCCACCAGUGAUGGUUGGCGGUGCCUUGUUCGCUGCUGGUCUUUUCUGGUUCGGCUGGACCGGUUUCAACGGUACCAUCCACUGGAUUGUGCCUACCCUGAGUGGUUUGUUCACCGGCUUCGGUCUUCUGGUUAUUUUCAUUCAGCUUUUCAACUACAUCAUUGAUACCUACCUCAUGUUCGCCGCCUCGGCCAUCGCAGCCAACACCUUCUGCCGUUCCAUGGUAGCAGCAGCCUUCCCUCUUUUCUCACGCCAGAUGUUUGAGAAUAUGGGUAUUCAGUGGGCGUCUACACUGCUCGGCUGUGUCGCUGCUGUCCUGGUUCCUAUCCCGAUUGGAUUCUACUUCUUUGGCAAGAGGCUCCGAAUGAAGAGUAAAUUCGCACCAUUCUUCGAGCCGGCUCAGGAGUCUUUUGCCGCGGAGCCCGAAGAGAAGACGGAGGAGAAUGGAAAUAUUUAG